AUGCUCAAGUCCAUUGUCAUAGUUACUGUGCAGAUCCGUCUAGUGAUAGAAGGCCGCGGGAUCACGGACACCAUCCAGAGGUUCUCUUCGCUGCCUCCCUACCUCCCUGUGAGCUUCCACGUCCUCCGAGCAGAGACUGCCUUCUUCCUGAAGGAGACCAGCCAGGACCUGACACGCAACGCCAGCCUGCAGUCCAGGGUCGAGUCCUUCUUCACCUACAAGGCCAAACGGCCCCCCAUCCUGAACGCCAGCUAUGGGCCCUUCUCGGUGGAGAAAGUCGUGCCCCUGGACCUGCUGGUGACGUCCAGCCCUUUCGGGCCCGCAGGCCUUUUCUCGCUCCAUUGGAAGCUGAAGGCUGUCAUUCUGCAGGACAGAGUGUACCUGAGCCGGCCCCGUGUGCAGGUCCUAUUCCACAUCUUGGGCCGGGACUGGGAUGACCACAGUGCCACUGAGCAGCUGCCCUGCCUGCGGGUCUUUGCCUUCCGGGAGACCCGAGAUGUGCGGGCCAGCUGCCGGCUGCGGGGGGCACUUGGGCUGUGUGUGGCCGAGCUGGAGCUGCCCCCUGCCUGGUUCAGUGUGCCCACACUGGUGGCUGGAAGAAAGAAGGUGGCAGAGAGGCCCGAGGGCACCCCGGUAGAGCUCUACUAUACCGUGCAACCAGGGGAUGGGCGCGGGGACUGCACGGCCGGUGACCUCAGGAAGGGCAACGCCAUCCGGCCAGGGAAGGACGGGCUGGGCGAGACCACCUCCCACCUGCAGAAGGUUGGCACCGUUGGCCUCUACCGGACCCAGGACAGUGCCCAGCUCAGUGAGCUGCGGCUGGAUGGCAACGUGGUCAUCUGGCUACCAUCAAGGCCAGUCAAGCAGGGGGAUGUGGUCACUGCCUACGUCACCAUCGCCAGCAACUCCACUGUGGACCUCUUCAUCUUGAGGGCCAAGGUGAAGAAGGGCGUGAACAUCCUGAGCACACAAACCAGUGAGCCUCGCCAGUGGGACUCCACACAGGAGACAGGCAACGGCGGCAAGCAUGCCACCACCACGGUGGUGUGCCAGCGCCUGGGGCCCGGGCCCCGCAACAGAAGCAGCAGCCUCUUCAACGAGGUCGUACAGAUGAACUUCGAGAUCGCCAGCUUCAGCAGCCUCUCGGGGACCCAGCCCAUCACGUGGCAGGUGGAGUACCCCCGGAGGGGCACCACAGACAUCGCCAUGUCUGAGAUCUUCAUCAGCCAGAAGGACCUGGUGGGCAUCGUGCCCUUGGCCAUGGACACGGAAAUCCUCAACUCGGCCAUCCUCACAGGGAAGACGGUGUCCAUGCCAAUCAGGGUGGUCUCCGUGGAGGAGAACAGCGCGGUGACGGACAUCUCGGAGUCGGUGGAGUGCAAGGCCACCGAUGAGGACGUCAUCAAGGUGUCGGACCGCUGUGACUACAUCUUCGUCAACGGCAAGGAGAUGAAAGGCAAGGUGGACGUGGUGGUGAACUUCACCUACCAGCACCUGAGUGCUCCCCUACACAUCACCGUGUGGGUGCCCCGGCUGCCCCUGCAGAUCGAGGUCUCGGACACCGAGCUGAGCCAGAUUAAAGGCUGGAGGGUCCCCAUCGGGACCAGCAAGAGGCCCACCCGGGACAGCGAGGAUGAGGAUGAGGAGGAGCGGCGACGCCGGGGCUGCGCCCUGCAGUACCAACACGCCACAGUGCGGGUUCUCACCCAGUUUGUGGCCGAGGGUCCCGGCCCAUGGGGGCAGCUGAGCCACCUGCUGAGCCCUGACUGGCAGCUCGAUGUCACCCACCUGGUGGCUGACUUCAUGAAGCUGGAGGAGCCUCGCAUUGCCACCCUCGAGGACAGCAGGGUCCUGGUGGGCCGAGAGGUUGGCAUGACCACCAUCCAGGUAUUGUCCCCACUGUCAGACUCUAUCCUGGCUGAGAAGACGGUGACAGUGUUAGAUGACAAAGUGACCGUGACGGAUCUGGCCAUUCAGCUGGUGGCUGGGCUGUCCGUCACCCUCCACCCCAGCUCGGACAACAGCAAGGCCAUCACGGUUGUGGCCACCGCCGAGGAGCAGCUGCGGACCCCCAAACAGGAAGCCUUGGUCAGCACUUGGCUGCAAUUCAAUGAUGGCUCCGUGACCCCCCUGGACAUUUAUGACACCAAGGACUUCUCACUGACCGCAACCUCUCUGGACGAGGCCAUUGUCUCGGCCUCCCAGGGCCGCUCCCCACGGUGGCCAGUGGUGGUGGCUGAGGGCGAAGGCCAGGGACCGCUGGUCCGGGUGGACAUGACCAUUGCCGAGGCCUGCCAGAAGUUCAAGCGCAAGAGUGUGCUGGCCGUGGGCAUCGGUAAUGUCAGGGUCAAGUUUGGACAGAGCGGCAGCGAUUCCAGACCCAGUGAGGACAAUGGGGAUGAGGACAUCGAGAACCAUGCCAGUGACCGCCGGCAGAAGGGCCAGGACGGACACCCCCUGGGUAGCUCCUCUGGGGGGCGUGAGGAGGGGGCCCUUCGGAAGGCUAGUACCACGGCCCGGUCACUGCUGGACAAGGUGGUGAAGACCAGCCAGCUGGACGGGGGCUGGCCACCCAGGGAGGGCCAGCUGCAGAACAUCCCCAUCGACUUCACCAACUUCCCGGCCCAGGUGGACGCCCCCCGGGCAGGGGCCGGGCUGGAGGAGAACGGGCUGGUGCCCACGCCCCGCGGCCUGAGCGACCUGGAGAUUGGCAUGUAUGCGUUGCUUGGCGUCUUCUGCCUGGCCAUUCUGGUCUUCCUCAUCAACUGUGCCACCUUCGCCCUCAGGUUCCGGCACAAGCAGGUGCCCUUGGAGGGCCAGGCCCCCAUGACGCACUCCCACGACUGGGUCUGGCUGGGCAAUGAGGCGGAGCUCGUGGAGAGCUCUGGGGACCUGUCUCCGCCCCAGGAUGAGCACACCACCAUCCUGGACCGUGGGCUGGGGGGCUGUGAGGAGAGCAACCGUCUGCUCCACGCCGCCUCCCAGAAGCACCCUCAGGGCCAGCCGUGCCGCAGGGACCCCGGGGGCCAGGAAGAGCCCUCACACUCGCCCACCUCCAGGAGGAAGAGGGUCAAGUUCACCACCUUCACCACCAUUCCCCCGGACGACGGCUGCCCCACGGUCAACUCCAUUCUGGGUGGGAAUGAGGAGGACAUCAAGUGGGUGUGCCAGGACACAGGCGUCUCCAAAGACCUUUGCACCUACCUGGACAAAUUCAAGGAGAAGCCGUAG